GCUAGGUCUACGACCACUGAAGAUGAGCUGGAAUUUGGAACACUUGAUUCAAGUUCUGAUAAAAUGGAAACAUUUAAAAAAGUUCCGGAUCAGCUAGAAAACCGACUCAGCGUCAAAGAUAUAAUGAAAAUACAGAAGGCUUUCAUGACACCAAAUUUUGAAGGAUUUGUUGCACUUAAUAGGAAGAGCUUUAUUGACACUAUGUUCAUAGCUCUUGGAUAUGGCAUUGAAGAAGAGUAUGGAGAUCUGUUUGACAGAAUUGACGUAGCGCGAGAUGGCUUUGUUGACUGGAACAAAGUGACAACAUUCAUGCUGUUAGAACUUUACGAAAACGACGAGAGAACAAAAUCAUCACUUGUGCCUCAGUGGAAAGAAAUCAAAUUUCUUCCAGCCCACCAUAAGGAACCUAUUCAAAGUAUAGUCUACCUGAAGAAUUCACAUCGCUACCUGAGUUUGAGUAAGGAAGGUUGGAUGAAUGUUUGGGGUGAGAAUUUGAAGCUACAGCAAACUGUACGAGUUGCCACAGAUUCCGUAAGAUUGCGGGAUCUCUGGGUUACAAGUAUGGUCUCCAUGACAAAUGUAAAUAAGGUGGCAGUUGCAUUUACAAGUAAGGAGAUUUGCUUUUAUGACCUUAAUUCCAAAGAUGAAUUUUUCUGUCAAUAUAAACUUCAUGGAAUAUGCAACACUCUGAUUUCCAUGCACUAUUGGUUUAACCCAAAAGAUGGAAAUGAAGCAGUUCUCACCUUUGGUGACGUUUGUGGGGAGGUCAAUGCUAUUUGCUUUAUCGCAGCAUUAAUUUCACUUUUCGAAAGACAAACCAAUUCAACAGAUGAGCAAGAGGCCACUGUAGCUAUUACUUGGCAAGAGUUGGUUAAAGGAAGCCACAAAUGCUGUUUCACUUUACAACACAAAGAACACAAUAAAGAAUGGAUCAGACAAGUACAAUACUGUUCUAAUUUGGAAGCUUUCAUUUCCUGUGCUACAACUAAUCUGAAUGCAUUGGUCGUGGGCUGGAAAGAAAAAGGAACAAGCCCAAUGAAAACCACAUCUUUCCAUGUUAAUGAAGGUGUUAAUGCAUUUGAUUACCAUCCUGAACUCAACUUAAUUGCUUCUGCAGCUGUAGAUCAUCAGAUCUACCUUUGGAACCCUUACAUGUCGAAACCCAGUGGAAUUUUACAAGGUCAUCUCGCUAGUGUAAUAGGAAUUCAGUUUAAUAUUGCACGAAGACAACUCUUCAGUUUUUCAAAGGACAAAGUUUUACGAAUAUGGGACAUGCAGAAUCAACUUUGUAUCCAGAGGCUUGCUGGAAUAUUUCCAAAAUGCCUGGAAUUCCAAACUAUUCUUUAUUUUAAUGAAACCACUGGCCAACUCUUUACCACUUUCAACAAUCAACUGACGUUGUUGGAGAUGAAGCAAGAGAAUAGUCAAUGCGUGAAAAGUCAUGAAAAGUCUGUUACUUGCGUGCUUUUUAAUUCUUUGUUCAAGCAGGUUAUCAGUUCAGACACUGGAUCUACUGUUACAGUCUGGAUGAUCGAAACUGGUCAAAAAGUAAAGCAAUUUACUGGGUGCCAUGGCAAUUCUGAGAUUACUACAAUGGCACUAGAUGCCUCUGAGACCAAAUUUUUCACUGCAAGUGUUGAUGGAACAGUGAAAAUUUGGGAUUUUAAUGGCCAUUGCCAUCAUAAGCUGAAUGCAGGAAGGGAUCAAGCAGCUGAUAUCUCCCAGAUCCUGAUAUUAAAAAGAAGUAUUCUGGCAUUAGGCUGGGAAAGAAUAAUAACUGUCUUCAGAACAGAUACACUUACUGAAUUUUUCGUUCAGCCUUCAGAAUGGAAGGGGAAAGCCCAGCAUCAAAAUGAUAUCCUUUGUGCAGCAUUCUUGCCACCUCAAACCCUUGUAACAGGCAGUUAUGAUGGUGAGAUUGUAGUAUGGAAUAAUAAUUCUGAAAAAGCAUCAUCUAGAUUUCACCCAAGCUUGAAGAUAGCUUUGAAAUCUCAAUCAGACAAUAAACUCCAUCAGCAGGAAGAACCUCAAGUUAUUGAUGAUUGUUCUGCAGUUACGACCAGACAUUCAUUAUUCAAUGCUGACAGUGAGGAUGAUGAAUUCAACUACGUUGUUUCAAGACUCUUCUUUCUCGAAGGGAGGAAGAAUGUUUCUAGUACGGGUGGUGCAAACCUUGUAGCCUGUGGUGGUUGUGGAAUUGUUCGCUUUUGGAAUACCUUUAAAAGCCUUCUACUGGCUGAGUUUGAGGCCCAUUCCAAUGUAGCGUCCAUUAUUAUGACAGUUGAUAAAAAAAGUGAUUAUCUUAUCACUGGAGAUGUGAAUGGCCUUAUUAAAGUUUGGAACAUACAGGAAUACUGCUUGUGUUCCAGUGACACUGUAAUUAGUGAAGUUCCACUAAUGGUGGCAGCAAUACAACCUCAUAAUGAUUGCAUCAGUCACCUUGAAACCUGUGUACAGGAUAACCAUUUGCUAAUUCUUUCAGCAUCUGCUGACUGCAGUAUUGUUUUGAGUGACAUUACUGGAUCAGUGAUCGGUGUAUUUGGACAGGAUGAACAUUGGCGAAUUGGUGAAUGUUCACCUCCGUCUGUUACAAAGAUACCACUCAAAACCCUCAAAGAUGAGAAGACCGUGGGUCAGAAGCAAGUGAGAAGAGAAGAAUAUCUGGCAGUUUCAAAACACAGCAUCCCCAUUGCUGAGGAGAAAAUUGACCACGAGGACAGAUCAAACGUAUGGAAAAGUACAGUUUUAGGCAAAGUAUUUCGAGAAAACAGAAUCCAAAAGAAACCUAGACCACGGUUGUCUGCUUGGGGCAAAUUGCGGAGCCCUAUUGGAACAUUUAGUUGCCUACAAAUGGAAGACUUGGAGAAGAUCACUGAUGUGCCAAAACCUAACUUUCUGCAGAAUCCCCACAACUACUUUGAUAUAAAUUUUGAGGAGUCUGAUAAUGAAACGUUGAUGUUUCCUACAUUUUCUGAAACACUAAAAGUAGCUUUUGAUGAGAAAAAUCUAUUUCCUAAAGAAAUACUGGAUCGUGAGCACAAAGUGAAGCAUUUGGAUAAACAGAAUUUAAGUGGAAGUAAAGCUGCAGUAAAACAAAAUAUUUCAAAUGUAAAGUCUAGAUCACCUCAGAGAACCAUUACAGGAAUGAAGCUGAGAACAGAGCUUGAUAGUUCUAUCCAGAAAUAAGCAGUUUGAUUUAAAAGGAAGAAGAAUUCAUGGAAAACAAUUUCUUAAAUUUUAGCAGUGUAGAGUGAAACAAAGGUUGCCAACCAAUGACUUGAGUGAAUUGAAAUGUGCUUCAGCAAAGCCAUAAUAGUU